UCACUACUACACGCUGUUUAGUAUUACGUGUCUUUUCAUGCGUAAAUGGCGUUUAAAAUAUUUUCCAGACUCACUGCGUUGACUUGGAGAGUGAAAUCCUACCCGACCGCUUUGACUGCACUGAGCUCCAGCUGCAGGUUGACGGUGGAUCAUGACCGACAGAACCAGCGGUUCAGUGUCUCUCCGGACAGCGGGGCUGGCGCCGAUGAAUGUGCGGUGCUGCGGUACAAAUUCACAGGGGAGAAGGAGGUGGACCUAAUGUCAACAUAUGUGCCAGAGUCGUUCAGGGGCCAGGGUAUUGCGGCGCAGCUGUCACAGGCCGCUCUGAACUUCCUGGUUGAAGAAAACCUCAAGGCUCAUGUCUCUUGUUGGUACAUCAAGAAAUACAUUGAGGAAAAUCCACAUAAAGGUUUCAAAGAUGUCAUCAUACCUCAAGUCAACUAG